AUGGUGAAGGAGCAGGUGAAGGAUGCUUCCAAAUACACAAGUGGCGGUGCAGUGCCUCUGCUGCUGAUGACACUGUGCUGGUGCGGCCAGCAGGGGUCGCUGUGGGCGUGCCCGCACCACUGCAUCUGCUACACCUCGCCCAGCACGGUCAGCUGCCAGGCGCACAACUUCCUGGCGGUGCCCGAGGGCAUCCCCGAGGGCAGCGAGCGCGUCUUCCUGCAGAACAACAAGAUCCAGCGGCUGCUGCGCGGCCACUUCGGGCCCUCCGCCGUCACGCUCUGGCUCUACUCCAACAACGUCUCCUACAUCCAGCCCAGCACCUUCACGGGCCUGGCCCGCCUGGAGGAGCUGGACCUGGGGGACAACCGGCACCUGCGCUCCCUGGCCGUGGACACCUUCCGCGGGCUGGGCCGCUUGCACGCGCUGCACCUGUACGCCUGCGGACUCAUACACCUGCCCUCCGGGAUCUUCCAGGGCUUACACAACCUGCAGUACCUCCACUUACAGAAUAACGAGCUGGAGUUCCUGGAGGACGACCUGUUCAUCGACCUGCUGAACCUCAGCCACCUCUUCCUGCACGGCAACCGGCUGUGGAGCCUGCACCAGAACACCUUCCGCGGCCUGGGCGCGCUGGACCGCCUGCUGCUCCACCAGAACCGGCUGCAGUGGGUGGACCGGCUGGCCUUCCACGACCUGCGGCGCCUCACCACCCUCUACCUGUUCAACAACUCACUGACGGAGCUGCCCGCCGAGAGCCUGGCGCUGCUGCCCGCCCUGGAGUACCUGCGGCUCAACGCCAACCCGUGGGAGUGCGACUGCAAGGCGCUGCCGCUCUGGGACUGGCUGCAGAGGUUCCGCGGCUCGGCGUCGGACGCCGUGUGCGUGGCGCCGCCCGAGCAGAGCGGGAAGGACCUGCGGAGCAUGAAGAAGGAGGAGCUUCCCCGGUGUGGCGUUGGUGGAGGUGGAGGAGGAGGUGGUGGAGGAGGGAGACGGCACCACGGCGACCAGCAGCGUCACCACCACCACCAGCACCAGCACCCCCACCUGCCCCAUCAGGACCAGCACGCCGUGCCCCUCCCCUCGCCGCUCCCCUUCCCCCCCUCCUCCUCCUCCACCACCACCAAGGCGGCCCGCAGCCCGCGGAACUGCACCCGGCGUGGUGGCGGUGGGGGUCGGAAGUCCAAGGCCCAGAAUGAGGUCACCUCGGCCAAGGAGGAGGCCUGGGGUAAGGACGGCUACGAGGGCAAUCAGAGGCAAGGGGGCAAGUACCACCAUGCCUCCACCCCCGCAACAGGGUUAGGGGGGGCUCCCUCUCGCCGCAAGAACAGGUGCCACCCCCGGACUUCCGUGGGACCCCCUAGCGGGGUGCAGCAGCAGCCCAACCGAGGGCUCACUGUUUGUGGGGUGAGCAUGGCUCUGACCUCCCUGAGUUUUGCACUCUGGCUUUGGCUCUUUGUGGUACUGCGCUGA